AUGAGGACAUUCGCUUUACUAUCCCUUUUGAACAUCGGUGUCCUUGCUCAUCCUUCGGGUCUUUGGUGGGGCACCGACACAUGCUACCCAAGUCCUGAAAAUACCGAUAACUCUUGUCUGGGGCCUCAGCAAUCUGGGUUUGACUGGUCCCAACUUGCCAAUGGUGACAACUGGAGCUUCGAAGGCUUCAAAUUUGACGGGUUCUCUGCUAGAGAUGUGUGUGGUGCUUCCGGGGGGAAAUGCAUUGCGGCGAAGCUUUCUCAGGACGACAGCUAUGCGGUGAAAGUGGAGGCAACUCAAGCCCCGUUUUCAGUUCAGAAGUUCCAUCUUUCCACAUCCCGUGACACUCUUUUGAUGCUGAACUAUGAGAUGGCAGAUGGAUCUUACUGUCAUCAAUUGGCUUCCAGCUCCCCCGAGGGGGUCGAUGUUGUCAAUCAACAAUGUGGCGGUGCUGUCUCGGUUGAAUUCACUCUUCCUGAGGAUAGCAAAUUCGGGGAAUGUGAUCUCAGUAUCCAUCAGAUGGACUUUGACUGUUCCAAGGGAACGAAGCCGCCUGGUCAUCUACCACCUCCACCUUCUCCAAGCCCGAGUAGCGCCCAAGAAGUACCUUCGGUUGUUCCUGAGAACAAGCCAAGUAUCACUUCGGAUGCAUGGACUGAACCAGAUAUCACUUCGGGUGCAUGGAUCGAACCAAGUAUCACUUCGAAAGCAUGGAAUAAACCAUCUUCCACGCCGAAGCUUCCACUGUGUGGAAAACGAUGGAGGUUACCGUGA